GGAAACAAUGGCCCCUCGGGUCGUCGACCUGCUGGCUGCACGCGCGAGCGCAGGAGUGCCGCUCAAGGCGCUGACUCUGCAACUCGUGCCCACGUACACUGUGGGUGCGCCGGAACCUACGGACGACGCCCUUGAGCAGGAGCUUGAGCAUCUGCGGAGCGUGUACAGCGCCGCAGUAAAUCACAUUCAAGAAUUGAAUUUGGAGCUUUGUCGUGACCCGAGCUACGUCGCGGGAUAUGACGAUCAUUGGGCACCGACGAAGGAGGCGGAGAGGUACUGGAUUGUCCCGGGCACAAUGUGGGUGCCGUUGCUUAUAAGACCGUACAACACACCGACGUACUGGAAAGGAAAGCCUAUAGCCUGAUUCACAUUCCAAAAGCAUUCUCGGUAAUCAUCACCAUGCUUCAGCAGGUCUUCAUCACGGGUAAUGAGCUGACUCAGGCUGUACCCAUUCGUUUCGCUUCCCGCCU